AUGGCCGGGGUGAGCACUGCGACGGGGGCGAUAAGCUCCCUCCUCGGCAAGCUCGCCACCUUGCUCACCAACGAGUACAAGCUGCUUGCGGGGGUUCGGAAGCAGAUCGAGUUCCUCCAGCGUGAGCUCAGCAGCAUGCAAGUCUUGCUCGAGAGACUGGCGGACAUGGAGGAGAAACUCGACGCCAUGGCCAAGGACUGGAGAGGCAAAGUGCGCGACCUCAGCUACGACAUAGAAGACUGCAUCGACCGCUUCAUGGACCGGCUUGGAAGCGGAGAAGCCAAGCGGGGAUUUAUGAAGAGAACCGCUCACCGGCUUAGAACGCUGUGGGCGCGUCAUGACAUCGCGACCCAGAUCAAGGACCUCAAAGCUCGCGUCAUCGAGGAGAGCCAGCGGCGUGACAGGUACAAGCUUGAUGAGAGUUGCUACACUUGGACGAGAGUUGUGGACAUCGACCCGCGGAUAACUGCACUCUACGAGGAUGUCAGCGGCUUGGUGGCAAUAGAUGGCCCAGUGAAGGACAUCACUUCUUUGUUGAUGGAUGAUAAAGAAAUGCAGCUGAAAGUGGUGGCCAUUGUGGGAUCCGGAGGACUGGGGAAGACGACCCUAGCCAUGGAGGUCUAUCGCAAGAUCGGAGGAGACUUCCAGUACCGAGCUUCUGUGUCUGUGUCACGUACACUUGAUCUAGAGAAUCUUUUGAAGGAUAUCUUGUCUCAAAUUGACAAAGAUGCGUAUGGAGAGUGUCAAUCAGCGGGUUGGGGAUUUCAGCAACUAAUCCGUAAAAUCAAACAGAUCUUGACUGGAAAGAGAUACUUCAUUGUUAUUGAUGACGUAUGGAAAGAACAAGAUUGGAAAAUGGUCAAGGCAGCAUUUUCUAAGAAUAAUAAUGGUAGCAGAAUAAUUGCUACAACACGCAUUACUGGUGUAGCUAAUUUGUGUUGUUCCAACUCCGGUGGUCAACCUUAUCAAAUGGCACCUCUAAAUGAUGUUGAUUCUCGAAGAUUGUUUUGUAAGAGGAUUUUCUAUUCGGGUGAUCCUUGUCCUGCUGAUCUGGAAGAAGUUGCUACCAGGAUCUUAAAAAAAUGUGGUGGUCUGCCAUUGGCUAUAAUUACAUUUGCAAGUUUGCUUGCCGGUAAGGCACAUGACAAGGAUGAAUGGGAGAGACUCCAAGAUUCCAUUGGUAUUGGUUCUUUGCUUGAAAAAGAUGGGAACUUGAAGGUGAUGAAAGAUAUAUUAUUACUUAGUUACUGGAAUCUCCCACACCACCUGAAGACUUGUUUAUUGUACUUGUGUAUAUAUCCAGAGGACUGCAAUAUCAGCUGUGAAGAAUUGAAGUGGAAAUGGAUGGCUGAAGGAUUCCUUAAAAGACAAUGUGGACAUUUGGAUCAAGCAGCACAGAACUGUUUUAACGAACUUGUAAAUUCAAAUUUGAUCCAACCAAUUGAGUGUGACGGCAGUGUGCAAUAUUGUCGGGUCCAUGAUAUGGUGCUUGACCUUAUCAUAUCUUUAUCAAAUGAAGAGAAUUUUGCCACUGUGUUGAAUGGAUUUAUCUGCAAAUCUGCUCCAAACAAGAUUCGUCGUCUGUCCAUGCAAUCUUGUGGCGGAAAGUGCAAUGGGACAGUUCGUGCAAUUACAGAAACCAAGUCACAUGUUCGCUCACUGACUAUGUUUCAGAGAGGCGAGCGGAAAAUAAAUAUUGCGGGCUUCCAUGCUUUGCGGGUGUUGGAUCUCGAGGGAUAUGAAUGGUUGGAAAACAAGCAUGUAAAAAAUAUAGGAAGUUCACCUCAGCUGAGGUUUUUGCGAAUUCAUAGUAAUAAAAUUACUGAGAUUCCUUCGGAAAUUGGAAAGCUACAACACCUAGAGACUCUCGUUUUGGAUGGCAGUGUGUCAAGUUUAACACUGCCAUCUACUAUGGUGCAUUUGCAUAAAUUGGUGCGCCUAUUUGUCAGCCCCAAUGUCAGGUUGCCUGCAGAUGUGUUCAGGGGUAUGCAAGCCUUGGAGGUCUUGCAGCAGGUAGACAUCUGGAGAACUAGCAACCCAAUGAGAUUUGCAGAAGAGAUACGUGAGUUGGGCAAAUGCAACCUUCGAGAUCUUAAUACUAAUAGAGAGAUUUGCUGGCAUCUAUUUCGAGACCCAUAUUGCACCUUUCCAUACCUCCAAGUUCUUAGAAUUGAGACAAUAGUUGAAGAAGUUCCGAAGGGAAUGGCCUCCCUAAAAAAUCUGACGAAUCUAUACUUAGAAGUAGCUGAAUUUGAUAAGGAGGGUCUCCAUAUCCUCAUGAGCAUGCCUUCUCUGGCCUAUCUUCAGCUAAAGGUUACAAGCGUGGUCAAAGGGGAGUUGAUGAUCUGUACUAACGGAUUCAACCUCCUAAUGGAGUUCCGCUUCGCGUACCUGUUACUGGGCAGUAUUGAACCAACAGACGGAUUGCAGCUAACAUUCUCACUAGGCGCUGUGCCAGCACUCCGACAGCUCCAUCUUCAACUGAGACCAAUGGUGGUGCUGUCUGAAUUUUUUGCCAACUUGGGCAUCGAGCAUUUUUCAGGCCUUACACACCUCCAGGUCGAAAUUGAUUGCGGCAGAGCAGCUCGAGGCCAGGUGGAGGCUAUGGAGUCUUACAUUGAAAGGGCAAUCGAGUUGCACCCUGGCCAUAAAAUCCAUGUCAGCAGAAUCUGGGAACAUUGCAUGUUUGAGGAUGAUAUGAAGUGGGAAGAGGCCGUCGCAAAAGACAGAAAGGAGAGGGAAGAACUAAAAAUAUAUAUAGCUAAAAUACAGGAGGAAGAAAGGACACGGCAGAAUGACCGUCUGGUCACCGGAAACUAG